AUGUCGUCGUUCCUCGAAUCUCCUCUCCGCACCGGCAGCAAAUGCUGGCGGACAGCGCGAUACUUUACUCGGGACCAGCGAAAGGCAAACCUCCUCCUCACACGAUCCUUCUCGUCGACCCUGCGCCGGCAUGAAAUCAACAAGAUCGUGCCCUCGGCCGCCGAGGCGAUCAAGGACAUGAAGUCCAAUUCGACCCUCCUCUGCGGCGGAUUUGGCCUGUGCGGCGUGCCCGACACGCUCAUCGACCAGGUGGCCAAAACGCCCUCGAUCACAGGUCUCACGGCCGUGUCCAACAACGCAGGCAUCCCCGGCGCCGGGCUCGGCCAACUCCUCGAGUCGCGCCAGGUGCGCAAGAUGAUCGCCUCGUACGUGGGCGAGAACAAGGUGCUCGAACAGCAAUACCUGACCGGCGAGAUCGAACUCGAACUCACGCCGCAGGGCACGCUGGCCGAACGCUGCGCAGCGGGAGGUAAGGGGAUCCCGGCCUUCUACACGCCCGCGGCGUUCGGCACCGUCGUGCAGACGGGCGAGAUCCCGCUCCGACACAACAAGGACGGCAGCAUCGCGAGUUUCGGCAAGCCGCGCGACGUCAAGGUGUUCAACGGCAAGAGCUAUGUCAUGGAGGAGGCCAUCGCCGGCGACUACGCGUUCGUCAAGGCGUACAAGGCCGACAAGUUGGGCAACUGCCAGUUCCGGCUCGCGGCCAACAACUUCAACGGCGCCAUGGGCCGCAACGCCAAGUUCACCAUCGUCGAGGCCGAGCACAUUGUCGAGGUCGGCGAGAUCGACCCCGUCGCCGUGCACCUGCCGGGCAUUUACGUCACGAGCGUGAUCCAGAGCACGGCCGAGAAGAAGAUUGAAAAGUUCACCUUCCGCAAGGAAGAAGGCGCCGACGUCAAGGACAGCCUGGGCAAGGGCGACGCGGCCUCGAAGCGCGAACGCAUCGUCAAGCGUGCCGCGCUCGAGUUCAAGAACGGCAUGUACGCCAACCUGGGCAUCGGCAUGCCCAUGCUCGCACCUAGCUUUGUGGACCCCAGCGUCGAGGUCCAGCUGCAGUCCGAGAACGGCAUCCUCGGCCUGGGCCCGUACCCGAGAAAGGGCGAGGAGGAUCCCGACCUGAUCAACGCCGGUAAAGAGACGGUCACGCUGAACCCGGGCGCCAGUUGCUUCGGGUCCGAGGAAAGCUUCGGCAUGAUCCGGUCCGGGCGGAUCAACAUGUCGAUGCUCGGUGCCAUGCAGGUGUCCGCCAGGGGCGAUCUGGCCAACUGGAUGUUGCCCGGCAAGGUCAAGGGCUUCGGCGGCGCCAUGGAUCUCGUGUCGAACCCGGAGAAGACAAAAGUCGUCGCCCUGAUGGAACAUACCGACAAGAAGGGCAACGCGAAGAUCUUGAAGCAGUGCGAAUUCCCGCUCACAGGCCGCGCCUGCGUCAGCAGAAUCAUCACUGAGUUGUGCGUGUUCGAUGUCGACUUCACCGAUGGCUUGACGCUGAUCGAGCUGGCCGACGGCGUGACCGUCGACGAAAUCAAGAGCAAGACCGAGGCGCCCUUCAAGGUCUCGGAAAACCUGAAGACCAUGCAAUCAGCAUAG